AUGCACAGCCCCUUAUGGUCUCCUGAGGGUCAGAGAACCAGGCAUGUUGUUCAGCCAUCCAGUCCACUAGGUGUUGGCGCUGGUGAUGUUGCCGCGCAACUUGAUGAUCAGUCUCUUGUACUGCCUGAACCACUUGAGGGUCCCAGAGUUACACCGACCACCUCACUGUUUGCUAUCCCUGGAGAAGGAGAGAUGGAAGUCCAGAACACCUCUGCGCAUCAGGACGUCCCCCUAGAUGACAUAAUGGACGACAUGAUGCCAUCAGAAGGCUUGCAGGGUGUCACUGAGAGCAUUGGAUUGCUGGAUCUACAUGAACACGGUCGAUCCCCUGAAGUAGAUAUCAAUGUCAAUCAGGUAGUCAAUUCGCCUCUAGAGAGUGUAUGUAAAGACGGGUACCUUGAAGGCAUUCUGGUGUCUGCCGAAUUGAUGGAACACGAGGAGUUAGAGUCACUGGGGAUGUUGGUAGAUGACGUUUCGGCUGAGAGUGUGGAGGAAGUUUUGGUCACUGUUCAUGAGCACCUCAAUGUUGAUGAAGACGACAGUGGUGUAGGUAUGAGAAAAACACAGGAACUGGCGAGAAAACGCACGAAGGCAAGUUCAAGGCCUGUGUCGAUGGCUGUGUCAGGAGAUAGUGAUGAAGAAUGCCUUUUGGUGCUCAUGCAAUUAGAAGCUUCAGAUGGAGAGGCAGGAGAUGCGGAUCAUCCUAUCUCCAUCAACAGCAGCUGGACGGUAUCUUCACACACUUCUUCAAGACAGCUUUCUCGGUCUCCUGUGCCUGCCAGUUCCUUGGGCGUCUCCAGUGUGGUAGAUGGAGGUGAUACUGCAUUCAUGAAGCAGCUCAAAGAGGGUGUCAACUAUUGUAUGGAUGGAUAUCCUGUUGUGACAUGGAAUUCGUAUUUGCAAGCACAGCGGCUGCUGCCUCUCAAAUAUUGUCUUGCCAAGGACCUUGCGCAUGAGCUCCAGGACUGUGUCAAUGCCCUCCCUCAGUCAUACAGACAUUCACAUCAGGCAACUGUGCUCUUUGAGGCUAUGAUUGAUGAAGCAAUGGAUGACGAGCUCAAAGCCCCUCCCAUAUCAAUCAUUAACGAGGUGACUGAUGAAGGUGUGCCGCCUUGGGAAUUUGUAUACACAAACCAGAUGUGGUACGGCGAUGAUCUUGCUUCUUGA